AGUUUUCUGCAGUCCCAGAAACUGAUCGUGUUGGGGGAAGGUGACGGCGCCGAGCGUGAGUGUCCCUCUGUGCAGAUUAAACCUGCGCACCUUGUUUCCCAUGUCCGCAGCCGGUCCCCGGGGGCGCUGCGGGCCUUAAGACCCCCGCACCGCGCCCUCCACCCCAGCACUGACUUCUAAAGACUCUUGGUACAGGAGGAAGAAACGCAGAAGAGGAGAACAAAAGAGUCAGGGAUGGCUCUUCCUCAGGGACACUUGACAUUCAGGGAUGUGGCCAUCGAAUUCUCUCAAGAGGAGUGGAAAUGCCUGAACUCUACACAGAGGACUUUAUACAGGGACGUGAUGUUGGAGAACUACAGGAACUUGGUCUCCCUGGCUCUCUCUCAUAACGGUGUGAUCAAGGAAUUAGCACCAAAACAGGAAAGUAACAUGGGGGAUGUAUUCCACACAGUGGCAUUGGAACAGCAUGAAACACCUGACAUGCAAGAGUUUUGCUUCAGGGAAGUCAGGAAAAAGAUACAUGACUUCGACUGUCAGUGGAGACAUGAUGAAAGAAAUUAUAACAAAGUGACUAUGACCCCAAAAGAAAAUCUUACUUGUAGAAGAGACCACCAUGAUAGAGGAGGUAUAGAAAACAAGUCUAUUAAAAAUCAGCUUGGUUUAAUCUUUCUAUCCCAUUCCCCUGAACUGCAGCAGUUUCAAGCUGAAGGGAAAAUUUAUGAAUGUAACCAUGUUGAGAAGUCUGUCAACCAUGGUUCCUCAGUGCCACCACCCCAAAUAAUUUCUUCUGCCAUCAAAACCCGUAUUUCUAAUAAACAUGGGACUGAUUUCAUCUGUUCUUCAUUACUCACACAAGAACAGAAAUCAUGCAUUAGAGAAAAACUUUACAGAUAUGAGCACGACAAAGCCUUUAAUCAUGACUCACACGUGUCUGUCCAUCAGGUAAGUCAUUCUGGAGAGAAACGAUAUACAUGUGAUCUAUGUGGCAAGGUCUUUAGUCAAAAAUCAAACCUUGCACGUCAUCGGAGAGUUCAUACUGGGGAGAAACCUUACAAAUGUAAUGAAUGUGACAAAGGCUUCAGUCGCAGCUCAUGCCUGGCGCUGCAUCGGAGAGUUCAUACUGGAGAGAAACCUUACAAGUGUUGUGAAUGUGACAAGGUCUUCAGUCGCAAUUCGUGCCUUGCGCUACAUCGAAAAAUUCAUAUUGGAGAGAAACCUUACAAGUGUAAUGAGUGUGGCAAAGCCUUUAGUGUGAGGUCAACACUUACCAACCAUCAGGUAACUCAUAGUGGAGAGAAACCUUACAAAUGCAAUGAAUGUGGCAAGGUCUUCAGUCAGACUUCAAGCCUUGCAACUCAUCAGAGAAUUCACACUGGGGAGAAACCAUACAAGUGUAAUGAAUGUGGUAAAGUCUUCAGUCAAACCUCAAGCCUUGCAAGGCACUGGAGAAUUCACACUGGAGAGAAACCUUACAAAUGCAAUGAAUGUGGCAAGGUUUUCAGUUACAAUUCACACCUUGCUAGUCAUCGGAGAGUUCAUACUGGAGAGAAACCAUACAAGUGUGCUGAGUGUGGCAAAGCCUUCAGUGUGCAUUCGAACUUAACUACCCAUCAGGUCAUCCAUACUGGAGAGAAGCCUUACAAAUGUAAUGAGUGUGGCAAAGCCUUCAGUGUACAUUCAAGCCUAACCACCCAUCAGGUCAUCCAUACUGGAGAAAAACCUUACAAAUGUAACGAGUGUGGCAAAUCCUUCAGUGUCCGCCCAAACCUCACUAGACAUCAGAUAGUCCAUACUGGAAAGAAACCUUACAAAUGUGAUGAUUGUGGGAAGUCUUUUAGUGUGCGCCCAAACCUCGUGAGACAUCAGAUUAUCCAUACUAAGGAGAAACCAUAUAAAAGAAAUUAAUAUGGGAAGAUCUUCGGUCAAAGUUUAAAUCUUGUGAGUCAUCAAAGAAUUUAUAUAAGAGAGAAACCUUCUUACAAAUAUAAUACAUGUGGCGAGGUUUUCAGUCACAGUUCUCUCCUACACAGCAACAGAGAAUUUCAUUCCUGAGAGAAUCCUUACAAGUACAACAAACCCUUCAUCAUGAGUUCAAGCAUUUAUUGACGUCAGAGUCCAUCUAAAGAGAAAUCAUAUGAAUGUAUGUGGCAGAGGCUUAAUUUUAAGUCUCACAACUCACUAGACAUCAAAAUAUACAUCUUUGUAUAUUUUGCCCAUGUUGAAGUGAUUACCCAGGGAUGAACACUAAAACAUCCAAGGAUUUAUGUGGGGAAUCAUUCAGUCUAGUUGUGCAUGCUAAACUUUUCAUAUUAGACAUUGUAGAACAAUUGCAAGUCCAAAUAUGUUAAAACCUACAACAUGAUGUAUAUUAAAGGUUGCAGGAUGUUUGGGAGUCA